CUCUGUUUUCAUUUCAGUCGUAAUGAAAGCUUUUUAAUUUACAUCUCAAGUUUCAUUUCAAAGCAGUGUAAGUAGUAUUUAAUAUUUUACACUUCAAGAAAGAAAGCCUUUAACGAUCUUCAGCUUUGGUCUUGUAACCUUGAAGGUAAUUCAUUUUUUUAAUCUGCACAGCGAGAACUGAAACGAAUGGGGAUUGAGCUGCUCUGCCUGUUCUUUCUAUUUCUAGGAAGGAAUGAUCGUGCACAAGAAUUUUACCCAUCCAUCUGGAGUUGGUGAAAGAUGUGAUACCCCAGCAAAUCUUUUAGCCAAAGGAUGUCAAUUGACCUUCAUCGAAAACCCUGUCUCCCAAAUAGAAAUCCUUAAAAAUAAGCCUCUCAGUGUAGGCAGACAGAAAAAUAGUUCUGACAUUGUUCAGAUUGCACCUCAAAACUUGAUUCUUAAAUUGAGACCAGGUGGUGAACAGACAUUGCAAGUGCAUGUCCGCCAGACCGAGGAUUACCCUGUGGACCUGUAUUACCUCAUGGAUCUCUCCGCCUCCAUGGACGAUGACCUCAACACAAUCAAAGAGCUGGGCUCCCUGCUUUCCAAGGAGAUGUCUAAAUUAACCAGCAACUUUAGAUUGGGCUUCGGCUCUUUUGUGGAAAAACCCGUCUCCCCUUUUAUGAAAACAACGCCAGAGGAAAUUGCCAACCCUUGCAGUAGUAUACCCUACUUCUGCCUACCUACAUUUGGAUUCAAGCACAUUUUGCCACUGACAAAUGACGCUGAAAGAUUCAAUGAAAUUGUGAAGAAUCAGAAAAUCUCUGCUAAUAUCGACACACCCGAAGGUGGAUUUGAUGCAAUUAUGCAAGCAGCUGUGUGUAAGGAAAAGAUCGGCUGGCGGAAUGACUCCCUCCAUCUUCUGGUCUUUGUGAGUGAUGCCGAUUCACACUUUGGAAUGGACAGCAAACUGGCAGGCAUCGUCAUUCCCAACGACGGGCUCUGUCACCUGGACAACAAGAAUGAAUACUCCAUGUCAACUGUCUUGGAAUAUCCAACAAUUGGACAACUCAUUGAUAAACUGGUGCAAAACAACAUGCUAUUGAUCUUUGCUGUAACCCAAGAACAAGUUCAUUUAUAUGAGAAUUACGCAAAACUUAUUCCUGGAGCCACAGUGGGACUGCUUCAGAAGGACUCUGGAAACAUUCUCCAGCUCAUUAUCUCAGCUUAUGAAGAACUGCGGUCUGAGGUGGAACUGGAGGUAUUAGGAGACACUGAAGGACUCAACCUGUCCUUCACAGCUGUCUGUAACAAUGGCACCCUCUUCCCACACCAAAAGAAAUGCUUGCACAUGAAGGUGGGAGACAUAGCUUCAUUCAAUGUGACUGUGAGCAUACCCAACUGUGAGAGAAGCAGGCACAUUAUCAUAAAGCCCGUGGGGCUGGGGGACACCCUGGAAAUACUCAUCAGUCCAGAGUGCCACUGUGACUGUCAGAAAGAAGUGGAAGUGAACAGCUCCAAAUGCCACGAUGGAAACGGCUCCUUCCAGUGUGGGGUGUGUGCCUGCAACCCUGGCCACAUGGGCCCUCACUGCGAGUGUGGCGAGGACAUCUUGAGCACAGAUUCCUGCAAGGAGGCCCCCGAUCACCCCUCAUGCAGUGGAAGGGGCGACUGCUACUGUGGGCAGUGCAUCUGCCACUUGUCUCCCUAUGGAAACAUUUAUGGGCCUUACUGCCAGUGUGACAAUUUCUCCUGCGUGAGACACAAAGGGCUGCUCUGUGGAGAUAACGGAGACUGCGACUGUGGAGAGUGCGUGUGCAGGACCGGAUGGACUGGCGAAUACUGUAACUGCACAACCAGCACAGACUCGUGUGUCUCUGAAGACGGAGUGCUGUGCAGCGGGCGCGGGGACUGCGUUUGCGGCAAGUGUGUUUGCACAAACCCCGGAGCCUCGGGUCCCACCUGUGAACGAUGUCCUACCUGCGGUGACCCCUGUAACUCAAAGCGGAGCUGCAUCGAGUGCCACCUGUCUGCAGAUUCCAAGGCCCAAGAAGAUUGUGUGGACAAAUGCAAACUAGCGGGCUCAACUAUCAGUGAGGAGGAAGAUUUCUCAAAGGAUAGUUCUGUUUCCUGCUCUCUGCAAGGAGAAAAUGAAUGUCUUAUUACAUUCCUAAUAACUACAGAUAAUGAGGGGAAAACCAUCAUUCACGGCAUCAACGAAAAAGACUGUCCAAAACCUCCGAACAUUCCUAUGAUCAUGUUGGGGGUUUCACUGGCUAUUCUUCUCAUCGGAGUUGUCCUCCUGUGCAUUUGGAAGCUGCUGGUGUCAUUUCAUGAUCGCAAAGAAGUUGCCAAAUUUGAAGCAGAACGAUCAAAGGCCAAGUGGCAAACGGGAACAAAUCCACUGUACAGAGGCUCCACUAGUACUUUUAAAAAUGUAACCUAUAAACACAGGGAAAAACAAAAAGUGGAUCUCACCACAGAAGGCUAGAACCACUUGACGCGUGGGAAAAGUUGGCUUCACUGAUGUGAAAUGUUAAUGCACUAUUUUAUUUUCCUUUCUCUGUUGCUUCAAGAAGAGGUUGGCCUAA